CCCCAGGGUUGCCAAUGUCCGGUCCUGAGGGUAUCAGGCCUUUCCAAGUUGCCACCCACUGCCCAGGCCUCACCCAGCGAUGCAGAAAGCCACCUACUACGACAACACUGCGGCUGCUCUCUUCGGAGGCUAUUCCUCGUACCCUGGCAGCAAUGGCUUCGGCUUCGAUGGCCCCCUCCAACCCCAAUUUCAGGCCGCCACGCACCUGGAGGGCGACUACCAGCGCUCAGCGUGCUCGCUGCAGUCCCUGGGCAACGCUGCCCCACAUGCCAAGAGCAAGGAGCUCAACGGCAGCUGCAUGAGGCCGGGUCUGGCCCCCGAGCCCCUGCCCGCCCCGCCCGGCUCACCCCCGCCCAGCGCCGCACCUACCAGUGCCACUAGCAACAGCAGUAAUGGGGGCGGGCCCAGCAAAAGUGGUCCCCCAAAGUGCGGUCCCGGCACCAACUCCACCCUCACCAAACAGAUAUUCCCCUGGAUGAAAGAGUCGAGGCAAACAUCCAAGCUGAAAAACAGCUCCCCCGGCACAGCAGAGGGCUGUGGUGGCGGCGGCGGUGGCGGCGGCGGAGGCAGCGGUGGCAGCGGGGGCGGUGGCGGCGGCGGCGGCGGGGGAGGGGACAAGAGCCCCCCGGGGUCGGCGGCGUCCAAGCGGGCGCGGACGGCGUACACCAGCGCGCAGCUGGUGGAGCUGGAGAAGGAGUUCCAUUUUAACCGCUACCUGUGCCGGCCUCGCCGUGUGGAGAUGGCCAACCUGCUGAACCUCAGCGAGCGGCAGAUCAAGAUCUGGUUCCAGAACAGGCGCAUGAAGUACAAGAAAGACCAGAAGGCCAAGGGAUUGGCCUCGUCCUCGGGGGGCCCAUCUCCAGCCGGCAGCCCCCCGCAGCCCAUGCAGUCCACGGCCGGCUUCAUGAACGCCUUACACUCCAUGACCCCCAGCUACGAGAGCCCGUCCCCACCCGCCUUCGGUAAAGCCCACCAGAAUGCCUACGCGCUGCCCUCCAACUACCAGCCACCUCUCAAAGGCUGCGGCGCCCCGCAGAAGUACCCUCCGACCCCGGCGCCCGAGUAUGAGCCGCACGUCCUCCAAGCCAACGGGGGCGCCUACGGGACGCCCACCAUGCAGGGCAGUCCGCCGUACGUGGGCGGGGGCGGCUACGCGGAUCCGCUGCCGCCCCCUGCCGGCCCCUCCCUCUAUGGCCUCAACCACCUUUCUCAUCACCCUUCCGGGAACCUGGACUACAACGGGGCGCCCCCUAUGGCGCCCAGCCAGCACCACGGACCCUGCGACCCCCACCCCACCUACACAGACCUCUCCUCUCACCACGCGCCUCCUCCUCAGGGUAGAAUCCAAGAAGCGCCCAAAUUAACACACCUGUGAUGGGAAAGGGCGAACGAGGAUUAGGGGAUGGGGAGAAAGAGAGAGACUGUGGAGCUCUGGGGGGCAGCCUGGAGGUCUGAAAGAGGGCCCAUGAAGGUGGUAGCCAGGCUUCCUGGUCAGAAACGGCCUGGAGCUUCUUCCCCUCCCCCUGGCCUGAGAGGUUGCUUUUAAGUCCUCCACCCCUUGUUCCAUCUGCCUGCCAACCCAUCGAAAAGGAAUCCACAUCAUAUUGGAGAUGACCCCAUCAACCCCAGGGCUCCAGCACUACCAAGUUGGAAUUCCACGCCCGGGAGUGGGGUAGAGGAAGAUGAGAUAGGACGAGGCAGAAAAGCACAUUUGAAAAACCAGACAAGAUGGCUAGGCCAUCAUCAACCAACGGACUUACCUUACAUCUUUGUAGGUAAUUCCCCCAAAAUCUUGAUUUUUUUUCCUCAAUUAUCCUUUAAAAAAUGAGAAAACACAUUUCAAACCCAAAGGGCACAAAACACGUUCCCUUCCAACUUUCCCAAAACCUCAAAUUUGUUCCCAUUUAUUUGAGGUUUAUAGAGGUACCUACCCCCUCCACUUCUAGACCCUGGUUUUUCUGCUCUAGAACAUUCAUAUCUAGACAUCCCACCCCCAUCAAUUACAGUUUUUAGAGGGCUCAGGGAUGGUGAGAGAUCCUGAAAGAGCUGCCUAUAUUUUUUUUUUUUUUUUUAAGGAAAAGUGUGGAGGCUAGGGCAGGCAGGUUGUUAGGACUGAAGGUUUGCCCAUUCUGCUGCCUCCAUCUCAGCUCCAGCUCCAUCCCCCUCUCUCCACAGAAAGCAGUUGGUGGCACGAGGUUCUAUACUUUUCUUUUCUUCUGUUGCUCUCUUGACUUAAAGUGAAAACAGGGUAUAUUUGAACAAACUGUCUGUCCCAGGCAGGGGCUGGGCAGGGCCUGUGUGCCUUGCUCAGCCUCCUGACAGGACACUUUUGUUGCACUUAGAGUUUACAUUUUAAUGGAUGUAAAAACAACUGUGAGAGAUGUCUGGGCCUGCAGAAGUCCAGCAUUGCUCAAAAAAGCGUGUGUUCUAGUGAACAUUUUCAUAUAUAUUUAUUGGUUAUAGCCUGUUAAAAUAUUUUCUUUUUUGUAUUAUUUAUCCCCUUACACUAUGUAUUUAUAUGAGGGAAAAAAAGGAAAAAAUUGUACUUUUUUAGUAUUUACUUGUUAUAAAGGACAUUGUGUUUCCUGUCAUGUAAAACCAGCUAUUUUAGUUACUAUUGUACUCUAGAAAAGAGCUGUAGAUUUAUGUUAAACUCGUACUUAUGAACAAUUGUAAUUAGUUCUAAAAGGCAUGAACUCAGCUCCUAAUCGUCACUGUAUAGUCCUGAAUUUGUAGAACUAGAGUUAAUUCCCUCUUAGAACUUUCUUUGUUUCCAGUAGUUACUUUUUUCCUUACCUAAAAGGGUUGUCUGUCAAACAAUUGUUGAAUAAACUUUCUGUUAUCAAU